GCCACCACCUUUCCGCGCGCGCCCCCCACGCACGCACGACACGACCGCGCGCACCGCGCACAGCAACCGCCACCUCCAGCUCCGAUGACCGACGCGGGCGGCGCCAGGAGAGCGGGCGGCGGCGGGGACCUCCCGCUCCGGCCGCCGGAGCCGCCGCGUGACCCGCUGGAGUUCCUGUCCCGGUCCUGGAGCGCGUCCGCGGCCGACGUCUCCCGCGCGCUCGCCGCCCCGCCCGCGCCGGCCCCGGCGCUGGCAGUGGCCGCCGGGGCGGGCGCCGCCAUCGCCGAGGACGUCGCCGGGGAGCUCGACUGCGACGGCGCGAGCAGCGGAGGGCCGGCCUCCGGGAGCCCCUUCUCCUUCGCGUCCGCGGCCACCUCGCAGCUCAUCAUGGACCGGAUCAUGGCGCAAUCGCAGGAAUUGUCGCCGCUGACCUCCGGCCGGCUCUCCCACAGCAGCGGGCCUCUCAACGGCGGCGGCUCGCUCUCCGACAGCCCGCCCGUCUCACCGGAGAUCGACGACACUAAGUUCUGCAGACUGGCGAGCACGCCGAAGCCGCAGCCGUACGCCCGGGGCGGCAGCAAGACGGUGGGCCGGUGGCUCAAGGACCGGCGGGAGAAGAAGAAGGAGGAGACGCGGGCGCACAACGCGCAGGUCCACGCCGCCGUGACCGUGGCGGCGGUGGCCGCGGCCGUCGCUGCCGUGGCGGCCGCCACCGCCGCGGCCUCGUCGGGGGCCGGCAAGGACGACCGCGGCGCGCGCACCGACAUGGCGGUGGCGUCGGCCGCGACGCUCGUGGCCGCGCAGUGCGUCGAGGCCGCGGAGGCCAUGGGCGCCGAGCGCGAGCACCUCGCCGCCGCCGUCGGGUCGGCCGUCAACGUCAGGAACCCCGGCGACGUCGUCACCAUCACGGCCGCCGCCGCCACAGCGUUGCGCGGCGCGGCGACGCUGAAGGCUAGGGUGCUGAAGGAGGUGUGGAACGUGGCGGCGGUGAUCCCCGUGGAGAAGGGCUCGGUGGCCGGAGGCGGAGGAGGAGGGCACCGCCAGCACGGCCACAAGGACAACAGCCAGCUGAAGCACCACCAGCACCUCCAGCAGCAGCAUCAGAGGGAGCUGGAGAGCAGCAACAGCAGCAGCAGCUGCUUCAGCGACGAGCUCGUGCUGGCCGAGGAGAAUAACUUCCUGGGCAUCUGCACGCAGGAGCUGCUGGCCCGCGGCACCGAGCUCCUGAAGCGCACUCGCAAAGGAUCGUUGCAUUGGAAGGUUGUCUCCGUGUACAUGAACCGGAUGGGCGUGGUGAUGCUGAAGAUGAAGAGCCGGCAUGUCGGAGGGACCAUCACGAAGAAGAAGAAGAGCGUGGUGGUGGACGUGUGCCGGGACGUGGCGGCGUGGCCGGGGCGGCACCUGCUGGAGGGCGGCGAGCACCGGCGCUACUUCGGCCUGCGGACGGCGGAGCACCGGGUGAUCGAGUUCGAGUGCGGCGGCCAGCGAGAGUACGAGAUGUGGACCAAGGGCGUCGCGCGCCUCCUCAGCAUCGCCGACGGCCGGAAGCGCGCCGUCUGACGGCCGGCGGCGUCGACGGCUGGUCACGGUCACAGCACACAGAGGGGUCAUGUAGCUAGCUGGGGUGCCUCGCUCUCAUGCUUGUGGAUUGGUGAGCAGAGGAGAGAGAUCCCAAGUGCUUUGCUCUGAUGCUGGCUGUUAACGAACUCUGAUUGCAGUAGCUGAAUGUUCAGUUCCCCAUUGCAGAGCAAAGAUAGGCAUGGUUGAGGGACUCAAAUGUGCACGAUCAUUGUUCAAGGGCUCAAAUUGCAAAUCAAGAGUACUGCAAGUACGUUUUAGUCAUUUGUUGCGUCUGAAUUUUUUUUUCACCACACUGUAUGGAAGUUGGAACAGCCAUGGCAGAGGCCCAACACAAAGUACCACGGCCCACAGUGGAAAUCCUACUGGUUAGGCCCAUGUGAGCUGAGAGGGAGCGUGCUUUUUUGCUUGGACAAGUUUUUUUUUAAAAAAAAAGGGUACUUGGACAAGUUCGUUACAUGUUGAUGUCCGGUAGGCCGAUACACAUCAUGCAUGUAUGUAUCAACCUUCCAGGAGUGGAUGCAGAGAUUCCCCUAACUUCUGGCCAUAUCUCAAAAAGGAAAUCCAAAGCAACAAAGAUGCAAAAGGUUUAACUGCAUUUCAAUCUUCCUCUUCUGAAACUGAAAUGGAUAAUGAUCAUGCAGUUCCUCCGUCGAUCUUGUUUUGGAUCAAUUGAACUUGGAGCAAGAAUUUGAGACAUGCUAAAACAACAGUGAUCGUUUAGAACACCUCCUGGGUCCGUUGUGCUUGAAACCAUCGACCCAAUUCUCCACCGAAAAACUAGUGGAAAAAAAUACUCCAUCUGUUUCAAAAUGUAGGUCGUUUUGACUUUUAUAAAUUUAUAGAUUUUGCUAUACAUCUAGAUAUAUAUUAUAUCCAGAUAUAUAGUAAAUAUAAUAAAUCUAAAAAUUCUAAAAUGAUCUUAUAUUUUGAAACGGAGGGAAUAGUUAGAGAAUUCUAUGCACCAUGCACGGUGGCGGAUCAUUUCACAAGAUUGAAGGCGCGAAUGAGUCAUAAUCGUGAGCUUUUUCUUCAGUGCGCCUGUGUGGGCUAAAAAUUAAUUUACCUGCACAGCCUACUAGGUCCAACCACCUAAUGAGCCUUUCGAUAUUAUUGGGCCAAGGCCGGCCACCACACAACAACGCACAAGAAAAUUUCACUGCACCACCACCGUCCCUGUUGUCAACAUAACACUGGCGGAAACGAACAUUUCAAUGGAGAUCCAGCAGCCUACAGUGUGCAACUUCUGGUGCUGCUUUUUUUUUAAAAAAAAUGAAACACAGUACGUACGCAGACGCUCGCGUGCAUCUUGAUAUCGAUGGAUAGACUCAGCUUUUGGUGCUGUUUCUAAGUACAUAUAGGAUUUGUAGCAUACUGAUAACAUACUUUUCAUGGUAAAUCUAAUGAAAUUGUGUCCACAUGACCAAUCAAACAAGUCUUACCAAACAAACUGUCGAUCAAGGUUCCUCGAAAAGAAAAUCGCCAUGGUUAGUUAGGUUCGCCGCACUUGAUUGACCAACUGCACACUUCCUAGAAUGCCAUGUAUUACAACAGCGAGAGUGGAUUCUCCAAAACUCUACUCUGCGACACAGCAUCAUAGGAUAACAGUGAGUCAAUGAUGCUUCACUGUUCACUAUGGCAUGACAAGAACAUGUAAUCCAUUGACUCGUGCGCAAAGGGAAAAAAAUAAUUCAGGAAAAAACGCCGCCGGCUUUGGAUGAAGGCAUGAAGCCAAGGCAUAUAUGGAUGGGAGAAAAAAGGGCGCAGAUCAAUAGCAAAGCCGGCCGGCCGGCAACCUUUUGGUGCCGCACGAUUGCAUGGCCGGCACGCCACGGCACCCUCCACACACACCACCAAGGUGCCAACAGGUCAUUCAUGACACGAACGGCUCCAAAACCUACCGAAAUCGCAUGCACGGUGUGAUGGGGAAGACGAAGAGGAGGCCGGGCACGCAUGCACGAUGGUACUACCCUCGUCGAGCUAGCGUCCUCUAGCUCUGAAAGCUGCAGAAAAACACACGCACAUACGCACAGGUUGCAGCAAGGACACGGAAAGGAGCACUGCUGGAAAGGACAAGGCUGCGGGCAUCUUGUAACAAACUGGCCGGCCAACCAAAUCGCCAUAAAGGAGGGCUUGGAGCUUUGCAUUCAUGCGUGUGGAUGUGCUAGCUAGCUGUGUGGCCCAUGAAUCUUCCAAGGGACCAUCGAUCAUGCAGUGUGUGACAGGUGCGUGUGUACUUGCUUGGAUCAUGUAUCGAUGCCCAGCCACGGCAUGAGAGGACGGAGAGGGUGGUGGUUAGAGAUGCCAACAAAAACCUCCAACUAAUUUCAGAGAGAGAGAGAGAGAGGGACGUCUUUGUUUGCGAGGAAAGGUCAAGAAGUACAGAGAGUGAGGG